AUGGACGGAGAGGACUGGGAUGACCGCGAGGCCGGCGGAUUUGGCGGCUUAGGCUCCGCGAUGGAGCGCUCGCCGCGCGGGGACGAGCGCGGGGGCACGCGCGCAAGCAGAUGGGGUCCAGACAAGCGCGACGGCGGAGAAAGCCGCGACGACAGGGCUGCGCGGGGCGAUGAGCGGCGGGAUCGGGGGGGCGAUAGGCGGACGGAGCGGGGGAGUGAUGGCCGGGGGAAUGGCGGAGGAUGGGGGGAAGACGGAGUGUGGAGGGACGAACGGCGGGAGCGCGAGCAGGGAUACGGGGACAGGGAGAGGGGGAGGGAGAGGGACAGGGGGGGAGAAAUGGACAGGUGGCGGGGCGCGGAGGGGGACGGCGGAAGGGGUCACGCGGGGGCUAGGGGAGCGGGGGGACGGCGCGACGGCGGGGAGCGUCAGCAGCGUCAGGAGCGUCGGGAUAGAGAGGGAUCGGAUGCGGUGCCAGCGCUGUACUCGAUUCACCGCGCGACGGUGCACUCGAUUCGGCCGUUCGGCAUGUUCGUGCGGCUGGAGGGCCAUCGCAAGCACGGUCUCGUGCACCUGUCGCAUGUGUCCGACUACGAGGUGGCUAAGCGAGACGACACAGACGACGCAAAGGUGGAGGCUCUUAAAGGCGUGGCGGCAGAGGGCGAGCAGGUCUGGGUGAAGGUAAUUAGUCUUAAAGACGAGACCGGCGCUGACGUCAUCGACACGACUCCGGGCCUGCCAGGCUCGGCAAACAUCCGGAUCGGGUGCUCCAUGAAGGUGGUUUCGCAAACGGACGGUGCGGAUCGCGACCCGAGUAAUCAACGGAUAGGAGGCGGGCAGGGCGGCGGCAGCAAAUGGCGUGCCCCCGUGAAAUUGGAGCUAGAAGCGGUCUUGAAUGUUACGUGCACACGGUGUGGGGGGCAGGGGCACUUAAAGGCGGAGUGCUAUGGGCCUGUGGGCGCGAGCUAUGAGCUUUUGGCGGAUGAUGCCGGGGAGGAGAGGAUAGGGGUGGAUGGAGGAGGGGGCGGGGGGGGUGUUGGGAGAGGCAGUGGGAGGGGUGGUGGCGGUGGCGGUGGUGGUGGUGGGUUGCUGAGAGCUGGGGGUGGUGGGAGAGGGGAGUUUGGGGGAAGAGGGAGGGAUGGGGGGGAUGGGGGGAGAAGGGGGAUGGAUGUGGCUGAUGUGGACCUGAGGGGGAGGGGGAGAGGGCUGGCGAUGACUCAGCCUGCGUGGAUGACAGCUCAGCAAAAAGGGAUGGCGAUUGUUGGGGCGAUUGGGGAUGGUUCUGGGCGUGUGGGGAGUGCGAGGGAGGAGGAAAGGGUUGAGGAUGGAGUGGGGCAAGAGGGAGGGGAGAGGGGAGGGGAGAAGAAAGACAGGAGGGGAGAGAGGGAGGAGAGGAGUUGGGAGAAAGAGCGGAAGCGAGAGGAGAAGGCGAAGGAGAAGGAGAAGGGAUUGGGGAUAGGGAGUGUGGAGGAUGCAUUGAGGAUUAUUGAAGAGAUGAAGAGGGAGAAGAAGGAGAGGAGGGAGAGGAAGAAAGCGCGGAAGGAAGCCAAGAGGGAAAGGAGGAAGAGGAGAGGGGGUGAUGGUAGUAGCAGCUCUGAUAGCAGUGGGAGUGAAAAGAAGCGGGAGAGGAGGAGGAAGCGGAGGAGGGAAGAGGAGAGCAGCAGCGAGAGUGAAGGGAGUAGUGGUUCGAGUGAUGAGCGGAAGCGGAAGGAGCGGAGGAGUCACAGAGACAAGAAGAGGGGAUCCCGACACAAGAGAGUGCCUGUCGCUCCCAUCAUUCGGCCCGUCGCAUGCCUUCCACCACUGCUCCCCGCUUUAACUCUUCCCCUCAUCCGCUUCCCCUCAUCCGCUUCUCCUCAUCCGCUUCCCCUCAUCCGCCUCCACUCAUCCGCCUCCCCUCAUCCGCCUCCCCUCAUCCGCCUCCUCUACCUAACCUUCCUCCUUCUCCCCGUGCCAAUCGCGCCUGAGGGUUCCCUCUCGCCGCGCUCCCCUCCCCAGCAACUGCUACUCUCUGUGAUUUGCCACGACAACUCUCACACCCUCAUCCUCUUCUCCCUCUCUUCCAUUUUCUCCUCCAGGAGUUUGGACCAGUUGGAGGCGUUGUCGCAGCAGCUGAGGGCGCGCACGUCGCGCCUGGAUGCCGUCACCGAGACCAACGCCGCCACGCGGCUGUUGGCGCGCGAGGGCAUCAACGCGGAGCAGCUGACCAAGGACCUGCGCUCCGUGCACCUCAAGACGACCUUUGAGGAUGUGCUGCCAGUGGAUGCAGGCAGCGUAGAGGAAUACCUCACCCAGGUGCACGAGACGAGUCUGGUGAUGGCGGUGCAGGCAGCAGUGCGGGAGAACACCGCGUCCUUCGAUUCCUUCAUGGCUCGAGCCAUUCAGGACGACUGGCAGAGGGACAAGCGCGACCUGCUGCACGGCCUCACUCGCCUCAACCCCUCCUCCUUCCCCUCCUCCUUCUCCACUAAUUCUGCUGGCUCUGCUGGUGCUGGUACUGUUGCUGCUGCUGCUGGUGGUAUUGCUGGUACGCCUGGGAAGGCCCAGCAGCGGUUUCUCUCGGCGAUGUCCCCUCGUUCAGCUGCUGCUGCUGCGUCCCCUGCCACUGCUGCUGCGGGGUUUGCGUCACCUGGGGGGGGCGGGAGAGCGGUGGGGGAGGCGAGGGAGGUGGCAUAUGCGCAGGUGGUGGGGGAGCUGAACGCUGCUGCUGAGCAAGGCGUGGCGGUCAAGAUGGCAACGGCUAUGGCAGCGGCAUAUGAGAGGGCGACAGGGGGGGGAGGUGCGGGGCGAGUUGCAACGGCUAUGGCAGCAGCAUAUGAGAGGGCGACAGGGGGGGAGGUGCGGGGCGAGGCGCAGCAAUCUGUGGGCACGAGGCAGAUCUGGCAGCUGGUGCAGAGUCUCCUGGGGGAGGACGAGCAGCAGCAGUCAGGGGCCUCUCUAUCGCCAUCACCAUCCUCAUCAGGAGCACCUUUCCUGCGGGGGGACCGCAUGGGAAUGGUGGUGGGGGCGAGGCGGCAUCUGGAGAAGGGGCAUGCUCAGUACAUGCUCAAUGUGAUCCAGUCCCACCCCAACGAGGCAUCACUGGGUGGUUCCACUGGCAGUCUUCACCGCGUGCGGGCCUUUCUCAGGGUGCGCCUGCGGGACCAGGGCCCUCUGGACUUUGAUGCCACACCCACAACCCGCCUGCCUCCCCUCGACACCACGUGGCACCAGAUCUUCUACUGUCUGCGCUCGGGCUUCACCAACGAUGCUCUCCACGUCGCACAGAACUCCCGAUCCGCCCGUGCCUUUGCCCCCUUGCUUGCCACGUGGCUCUCAUCCAACGGCUCGAUCGACCCCGCCACCUCCGCAGCAGCAGCAGACGAGUGCGACCGCAUGGCGCGCACCGCAUCCCACUCCUCUCUAUCCCGCCCAGGAGCGUCCUUCACAGGAGCAGCAGCAGGGGGGGCAGCAGGAGGGGUAGAUCGCCGCAAAUUCCUCCUCUAUGUUCUCAUCUCAGGCCGGAAAGCCUUAGCAGAUCGGCUGUUACGUGAAGCCCCGUCUCUCUUCCCAACCAUAGAAGAUUUCAUGUGGUUCCAUCUUGCUAUCUUGCGCCAGGCCGAGCCCUCCCCUCGCUCCCAAGCCUCCCCUUCUGGCCUCUCGUUUUCCGGCCGAGACAGGGGCGGGUGGAUGGGCGGGUUCGGGGGUGCUUCGGGCGCCGAUGCUGCUUCUGCCGCCACUGCUGCAAACUCUGGUGUGUAUUGCACCCUAGAGAAUCUACAGGCCUAUCUGUCCCGCUUUGACCCAUCAUAUUACACCAAGAACGGAAAAGACCCACUGGUGUACCCAUACGUGCUGCUGCUGAGCCUGCAGCUGCACGCAGCAGUGGUAUACCACCUGGAGAGUAUAGAUGUGGUAGAUGCAGUGCACCUUGGGAUUGCCCUGGCGCACUCUGGAGGCUUACAGCUGGCGAUGCGAGGAGGGGGGGGCGGAGGAGGAGGGGGAGCGGCGAGGGGGGAUGGCGCGGACGGGGGAGCAGGGGGAGCGGGAGCAGGAGGAGGAGCGGGAGGGGGAGGAGGAGCAGGGGCUGUUGUUGAUGCAGAGGCUGACAUAGCAGGGAUUAUUCGCAAGUAUGCGGUGUCUGUGUUUCUGAGGGCCGGUGACGUGCGCACAGCUCUAGAGUAUUUCUCAGUGGCUGCAGAUGUGAUUGCUGGGGGAGGGGCUUCGGGGCGAGGAGGAGGGGGUGCAACGAGGGAGCAGAGGAGGAGGAGGGCUACGGUUAUGGAGGCGACUGUGAGAGAGGUGUUGAGGAGCAAGAGGGGGAUUGAGGAGCUGCUGGGGAGUGGGGGAGGGUUGGGGGGAGCGGACGGGGGAGGAGGGGGAGGGGCGGGGAGAGGGGGAGGGUCGCUGACGCGGUUUGUGGGAGAGGAGGGGGCACAGAGGCAGGUGGUGCUGGGAGCAGCCAAGGACUGCCAAGACAUGGGGCAGGACGAGGAGGCCAUACACCUCUACAGGUGGGCGCGUGCCCCUGCCGCCGCCCUGCUUCUCGUGAACGACCGUUUCUCCCAGGCACUGGCAGCAGUGGCGGCAGCAGCAGGGGCGGGCAGCACGGACAGUGCGGCUGUGAGGGCAGCUUCAGGGCAUGCGGCGCUGGGGAAUCAGAUCAUUGGGGAGGCUCCCCCUGCUGCCACCGCUGCCGCCGCCGGCACCGCUGCUGCUGCUCUGCCUGCAGGGGCGAGUUUCCCCGACCGCUCAUCUCUCGCGGAGCAGCAGGUGGCGUUCCGACAGCUGGAGUCCAUCUUCCACUUCUACCUCGAUUACGCCGCCUCACGCCUCCCCUCCGCACUGCAGCACCUCUCCGGCCUCCCUUUCCUUCCCUUUGCCGGCCGCUCCCCCGUUGCCUGCGCUGCCGUGCUCCCGAGCCUGCACCGAGCCGUGGAGGACCGGCUGCCGAAGCUGCUGGAGGACGUGCUGUCGUGCCUGGAUCGGCUCCCCGAUGCUGACCCGAACGUGCGAGUGCUGAGGAAUAAUGUGCUGAAUCUGGUGGCAGGAACGCUGCACCGCAACUGGCCUCAGCACAUCUACGAGCUCGCAGCACGCAUGCACUCCGUGCCCUUGCCAACAUAA